CUGAAGUCUUAAGAGGUCAAAUCGAUCUACUCAAAGAGUCUGUGUCUCUGGGGAGAGGAGGAGGAGAGAUGCAAGUACUUGCGCGGAAUCUAGCUCAGAGAGUCUCAAGAAGCCAGGUCAUCAGUCGCUAUGCAUAUUCAACUCAACGGGUCAGAGACAUUGGUCAGCCAACUCCAGCAUCUCAUCCUCAUUUAAUGGCCGAAGGAGAGGUCACACCAGGAAUAAGAAUAGAGGAAUACAUUGGUAGAAGGAAGAAACUUGCUGAGCUUCUUCCUCAGAACAGCUUAGCCAUCGUUUCUUCAGCUCCUAUGAAGAUGAUGACAGACGUUGUUCCAUAUACGUUCAGACAAGAGGCUGAUUAUUUGUAUCUAACUGGCUGCCAGCAACGGGUGGCGUGGCUUGUUUUAAGCAGUGAACACGGUUUAUGCAUGUUCAUGCCGGAAUCAACUCCUAAUGACAUUGCUUGGCAAGGAGAAGUAGCUGGAGUUGAUGCAGCGUCAAAGGUUUUCAAGGCGGAACAAGCAUAUCCUAUAAGCAAAUUACCAGAGAUUCUUUCAGACAUGAUAAGAAGUUCUUCCAAAGUGUUUCACAAUGAUCAAACGGCCUCACAAAAAUACACAAACUUGGAUGAGUUUAAAAAGUCAGCAUCACUUGGCAAAGUGAAGUCUCUUUCAAGUUUUACUCAUGAGCUGAGGUUGAUUAAAUCACCUGCAGAGCUCAAAUUGAUGAGAGAGUCUGCUUCUAUUGCCUGCCAGGGUCUUCUGAAAACAAUGCUACAUUCGAAAGGGUAUCCUGAUGAAGGCAUCUUGGUAGCCAAAGUUGAGUAUGAGUGUCGGAUAAGAGGUGCUCAGCGAAUGGCAUUCAAUCCUGUAGUUGGUGGCGGUUCUAAUGCUAGUGUGAUCCACUAUUCACGUAAUGAUCAGCGAGUAAGUUGA